GCUAAAUCUACCAAAAGGUCCCAAACCCUAAAUGCUAAAUCAGACGUCUCCAUCUUCCUUUCACUCUAAAAUACCAGCUACUUACAAAAAACAAAAAAAGACAAGCUACCCCUCUACAGCAGCCCGUUACACACAGCGGCUGAUGGACUGCCGUAUCUGUACACCACAACAUGUGCUUAAUCAUGGGUUUGUUACUGCGGGUAAAAUAUGUAAUGCUUGCAUCGAUGGAGUUCGGAAGAUAAUCGAUCUCAUGAACGAGUUUGAAAGGGAGAAAGGAAGUGGUAUUACACGAAAGUCGUCUGAGACACUCGUGCAUGUUUCACACUGGAUGUUGGAUGCGAAGCAUACGAAAAAUAGACUAAAAGAGGAAGCAAAUGGACUAAAAGAGGAAGCAAAUGGACUAAAAAAGGAAGUAAAUGGACUAAAAGAGGAAGUAAAUGUACUAAAAGAGGAAGUUAGCUUUCUUGGCGCUGGUUUCUUUACUGCACUUAAAGAUCAAACUCACACCGAUAUACAGCUCAAGCCAGCCAAUAAUGGGCUUUCCAUGCCCGCACAUAGAGCUUUACUGGCAGCAAGAUCACAAAUCUUUAAAAAUAUGCUAGACUCAGAGUCAGAUGUAUGUAAAGUGCCACCAAUGGACACCCUAACAUUGUCAGAGUUGAACUAUGAAGAGCUCGAGUGCCUUUUGGAAUUCCUCUAUAUUGGGAGCUUGCCUAAAGAAAAAGUGGAGAAGCAUGUAUACUCUUUGUCACUAGCAGCCGACAAGUAUGAAAUCUCAUACUUACAGAAGUUUUGUGACCGUCACAUGUUUAGGUCUAUGAAUACAUCCAAUGCUCUUGAUUUUUUAGAGAUCUCAGAUAUUUGUUCUAACAUAUCCCUGAAGGAGUCAAUUUUGAACUUCAUCGCCAAAAACAUGGAGGACAUAGCUUUCUCAGAUAGAUAUGAGGAAUUUGCACUCAAGAACCCACAUCUCUGUGUGCAGAUAACAAGGGCAUCAUUGAUGGAAGCCAAAAAGAAAAUGAUUUCAUUGUAAGGGAAUUACUGGACAGAAUGAGAUAUAUGUGUUCAUUUCUCUAGAUAAAAAUAGCUAAGAACUUAUUCCUGUGGAAUCUUAUUGUUUAUACAUAGACUUUGUUUUCUUAAUGACAUUAGAUAUGGGUGAGAUUUGUAUAAAUUUUUAGAAUUUAUAAUGUUUUUUAUAUUACUCUGACAAGAA